UGGAUAUUUAGCGACAUGAAUGCCAAUCAGAAUUUACUACCAUUUGAGAUAAGAGACGGAGAAUUAAUAGGCGAGGAGAAAUCGAAUCAUACGGUAUAUUUUAGCAUUGGACAAUUAAUUUCGGAUAAACUUACAGUUGAACCGGAUUUUAUCGGUCAGAUUGAUACGGCGACAAAUAGAAGAAUUACAUUUUUGGAAAUGAAAAGAAAAAGCAUCAUUUGUGCAUUAUGGAUGCGACAGAAUGGUGUUAAAUCUGGCGACAUAAUAACUGUGUGCAUGCGUAAUCAAUUAGACUUCUACGUACCGUAUUUGGCGGCAUUGUAUAUCGGCGCAAUUAUAAAUCCAUGGCCUAACCGACCAAAAUUAAUAAAAUCGACUGUGGAACACUUUCUGACGCGGGUUAAUCCAAAGAUAAUCUUUGCCGAUUAUGAUAAUAUUAAACAGAUUAAGAACGUUGUGAAAAGAAUGGAACUUCCUAUAAAUAUCCAGGUGUUUGAUACGGUGUUUUUAGACAAUGACCGCACACAAGUUUUGGACAUACUAUUUAAUUCAUUCAUCAUCGAUACUGACAGUCGAUUCUUCUGCGCGAAGCAUGUCAGAGAUACCGCAAUAAUACUUUUAUCUUGCGGUACUACCGGCUUUCUCAGAGACGUAGAGGUUCCUUAUACAAUUUUCUUAGAUUCGAAUCAGCACGUUCCCGUUAUGCGUUGGGGCGACGUCGGCUUGUGGUUCGAAUCCUUGUCUUGGAUUUUCAACUUGAUUUUGACUGUUCGUGCUAUAUUUAUGAAUGUAACAGUGAUCGUAUCCUCGGGAUUUAAAGACGAACACCACUUAUGCCAAAUAAUAAAGAACUAUAAGGUGACGUGGCUGUUUCUUGAAAAUAAUUCGGACUAUCAAUUGUCAAAAUUUGAAAUCUUUAAUCGUAAUUGUCAUGACAUGCCUUUUUUGAGAACAAUCAUCUUCAGCGGAACGAUGGUCAAACGCAAUGUUCAUACGAGCCUUCUCAAGCGUCUGCAAGGUGUUUCCAUUAUUCAAGUAUACUAUUUGCCUGAAACAGGUGUGAUUGCUUAUCAGCGAGAGAAAACAACCUUUCCGAUCGGAUCUAGCGGUUAUGUGAGUGAAAAUGCUCGUUUGCUGAUCGCCGAUUUCGUGACGAAGAAACCGUUGGGCCCGAAUACCCUUGGCGUGAUUUGGUGUCAGACUUCGACAAUGAUGAACCGUUAUUAUAAAGAUUCCAGAAGUACAAACAAUAUUAUUGACGACAAUGGAUGGUUCCACAGCGAAGAUGUUGGCUAUUAUGAUGAAGAAGGAAAUAUCUUUGUCAUCGAUCGAGUCAAGGAGCUUAUUAGAUAUAGAAGUCUUCACUAUAUCUCGCCAAGAGAAGUUGAACUUGAAAUACUAGAACAUCCGGCUGUGUCUAAGACCGUAGUAGUGCCAAAGCCGCAUGAUUUUGAUGAUUUUCGUGCCUUAGCAAUCGUAGAGUUGGCACCAGUAUCAAAGAGAAAAAUAUGUUUCAAGAAACAGGAGAUAACAGAUUAUAUUAUGAAUAACUUUGAGAGUCUGAAAAUUCACGAAGUAAAAUUCAAGGACCAAUUGCCAUGCUUGGCCGAUGGAACAGUCGAUCGUAUGGCAGUUUUUCGAAUGCUCAAUUUAUUUUUUGAACGGAAUAAAUUAGUACAUAUUAUAAUGUACCUUUCCUUCAAAACGUAUCCGGAUAAUAAUAUGAUUAGACUUACUGCAUCAAGCAGUAACGUUGAUCGACUACAUUCAGGAUCUCAUAUCUACAAUUUAGGAAAUCCAAUUAUUUUUGGCAAAAUGGUUGGAAACGAGAAGUAUUCUUCUAUCACAACGGCAUUAUGCCGUUGUCGGUGGAUCAGAACGUUAAAAUUCGUACGACGACACUGCGUACGCGAUGGAUCGCAAAGUGUUAAAAUAAAAAUCAAUAAUUUCACCGUGGAAAAUGGCGUUUACAUAGGACCACAGACGCAUCAAUCGGUUAAGUACAAAAGCCUUGGAGAAUUAAUGUGGAUUAGUAUUAAAAGCCAUGGGGACAAUAUCGCACAUUUAGAUGCAUGUACUGAUAAAAUGUAUACAUACGCGGAAUUGCAAGACAAAACCGUGAGAUGUGCCGUGUGGAUGCAAAAACAAGGAAUCAAAUCUGGCGACGUUAUCAGUGUGUGCACACAUAAUCAUCCUGAUUCCAUCGUACCCUGUCUUUCAGCGACUUAUGUCAACGCAAUUUUUAAUCCAUGGAAUGAGAACAUGGACUUGCCAACUGCGCUGCACGUUUUGCAACUGGCCGCGCCGAAGAUAAUUUUCUGCAACGAGAAAUCCGUGGAUAUCGUCUUAAGCGCUAUGAAAGCAAAGAAUUGCAAUCCCAAAGUGGUGGUUUUCGGUAAACAUGCUAGUGCAAUUUCGUUCUCCGACAUCCUGAAAGAUUGUACCGAUGCGGAAGCAGGAAAUUUCCGUUAUGCUGAGCUCAACAAUAUAAAACAGACAUCGUGCAUUUUGCACUCAUCGGGCACAACGGGGAUGCCGAAGGGCGUCGAACUUUCUAAUCACACUAUGAUACUUGUCAGCGAGGAUAGAAAUUUUGAUAUGUCCGAUCGAACAACUCUUUGGUUCUCUUCUCUUUAUUGGAUCAGCGGAGUAAUGUUUAAUUUGAAAGCAAUCGCGCAGGGAGCUAAAGUAAUACUUUAUCCGGAAUUCGACGAAGAAAUGACUUGCAAAUUGAUUGAGAAAUAUAAGGUAGCAGUUAUGUUCCUUAGCACAAGUAUGAUAAAUCGGUUUGUCAGAGCAGGUUUCGCAGAGAAAUAUUCAUUACCAUCUUUGCAAGCUAUACUAGGCGGUGGUGCGAUAAUUAAGCCAAAAGUGCAGGAAGAAUUGAGACGUACUUUACCGCAUGUCCAGAUAUUGCAAGGUUACGGAAUGACAGAACUCGGUGGUCUCAUAACAAUUCAAUUACCGCAUCAUAAGAACGGAUCUUGUGGGACAAUAACUAAAAAUGUGCAAAUGAAAGUUGUGGAUCCAGAAAGUGGAAAAGUACUUGGCCCGAAUGAGUCGGGAGAAAUAUGGGUAAAAUCUGCAAUCAUGAUGAAUGGUUAUUAUAGAAAUCCCGAAGCGACCAAAAGUACAAUCGAUGAAGAUGGAUGGCUACACUCGGGUGAUAUCGGUUACGUUGACGACGAUGGAGAAUUAUAUAUUAUUGACAGAAUAAAAGAGCUUAUAAAGUAUAGAGGAUAUCAAAUCUCACCGGGAGAAAUUGAGGGUGUCUUAUUGACACAUCCUGCAGUAAUGGAAGUUGCAGUGAUAUCGAUUCCUCAUGCAAUAGACGAUGAACAUCCUUUUGCUUAUGUCACCAAAAAACCUGGCGCCAAGGAAACGGAGCAAGAAUUAAUAGAUUUUGUGGCAAAAAAUAUGAUGGAUCACUAUAAACUUCGUGCUGGAGUGAUAUUUCUGGAUUCCUUUCCGUAUACGGGUUCGGGAAAAAUUGCGAGGAAAGAUUUGAAAGAAAUGGCUAAAAAAAAGUUUAAGUACUAGUUAGUCAAAUAUUUUUUACAACGUAAAAUUUAUAAAUAUAUAUGUAUUAUAUAGAUUUAUAAAUUUUGCUUAAAUAUACAAUCACAUACUUUCUCCGAAUAGUAUUAUAACUAUAGUAUUAUAAAUAUUAUGAACAAUGUAAGUUGCUACUUCUUUUUCUCUUUAUAAAAGAAUGAUCAGAUUGAUAAACAAUUUUCUUAGAAUUAGAAUGAAUCUAGUCUUAAAGAUAAGUUCUAAAUAAAAAAUAAUAGCAACAUACUUAUACUUUUAAUUGGACAAAUUUUAGUUGUAGAGAUGUAGUAUUAUUAUAGAUAAUAAAAACGUGUUUGACGAUGUUUGAUUAACGUUUUAAUUUUAGCAGAAUUACAUAACUAUAAUUUAUUUAGUGAAUAUUGCAUGUAGAGAAAAUUUGAAGAUUAUUUGAGAUCAUGAAAAAUUUUACAUUGUUAACAUUUGUUAAAAAUGGUUGUACAAUAAAACUACAAAUUGUUGAAUAAAACAGACCAGAAAAAUAUA